AAAAAAGUUUUCAUCAUGUCUCAAUCGCUUAUGCGUUUGAAUUUUCUCUUGCUGCUCUUACUCUCUUGUGUCUCCCCUUCAAGCUUCUACACUUUUAAAAAGCCUGUUGUUGGUCUUGUUGCUUGUGGUCCUCAACAGAUUCAAGCAUUUUCACAGUUUAAGAACGAGUUUGAUACUCAUUCUUGCAACCACACUGACUCUUUGAAUGGGGUGUGGUGCGAUAACUCCACCGGCGCGGUCACGAAGAUACGACUCAGGGGCUGUCUCAGUGGAACUCUUAAAUCCAACAGUAGCCUCUUCCAGUUUCAUCAGCUCAGUUACCUUGAUCUCUCUCACAACAACUUCAUCCCCUCUUCACUCCCUUCCGAGUUUGGAAUGCUCAACAAAUUAGAGGUCUUUUUUCUUUUUUCUAAUGGCUUCCUCGGCCAAGUUCCUUCUUCAUUUAGUAACCUAAGCAUGCUUUCUGCUUUACAUAUUUCUGAUAAUGAGCUCACUGGUUGUUUAUCAUUUGUGCGGAAUCUACCCAAGCUCACAUACUUACGUGUUUCUCGUAAUCACUUCUCUGGAACUCUGAAUUCCAACAGUAGCCUCUUUGAGUUACACCACCUCACUUACCUUGAUCUUGGUUUCAACAACUUCACCGCCUUCUCACUCCCUUAUGAAUUUGGCAAUCUCAACAAACUAGAGGUCUUGGAUGUUUCCUCUAAUAGCUUCUUCGGUCAAGUUCCUCCCACAAUUAGUAACCUAACCCAGUUAACUGAGUUGUACCUUCCCAUAAACGACUUCACUGGUAGUCUCCCACUUGUACAAAAUCUAACCAAGCUCUCCAAUUUAGAUCUUCGUGAUAAUCACUUCUCUGGAACCAUCCCAUCUUCUCUCUUCACUAUGCCUCUCUUAUCAUAUAUUGAUUUAAGUAGAAACAAACUCAACGGUUCUAUUGAAGUUCCUAACUCUUCUUUGCCGUUAAGGCUAGAGAGUUUGUACCUAGGUGAAAACCAAUUUGAAGGAAAUAUCCUAGAGCCUAUCUCAAAGCUCAUCAACCUCAAAGAGCUCGACCUUUCUUUCCUAAAAACAAGCUACCCAAUUGACUUACGACUCUUCUCCUCUCUCAAAUCUUUGUUGCUACUAGAUCUUUCUGGUGUUUGGAUAUCCCAGCCUAGUUUAAGUUUGGAUUCAUACAUCCCAUCAACACUCGAAGCGCUGCGUUUGAAGCAAUGCAACAUCAGUGAUUUCCCAAACAUCUUAAAGACACUUCAGAAUUUGAAGUAUAUUUCCCUAACCAAGAAUAAAAUCAGUGGGAAAAUACCAGAGUGGUUAUGGAGCCUUCCUCGUCUGAGCUCAGUGUUCAUGUCAUAUAAUUUGUUAACUGGCUUUGAAGGUUCAUCAGAAGUUUUAUUAAAUUCAUCGGUGCAAAUCUUAGUUUUGGAGUCAAACAGUUUAGAAGGAGCAUUCCCACAUCUACCGCUCUCUAUCAACUUCUUCUCUGCAUUUAACAAUAGUUUCAGAGGCGACAUACCUCUUUCACUCUGCAACAGAAGCUCCCUGGAUGUCCUUAAUCUAAGCUCCAACAAAUUCACCGGUCCAAUUCCUCCAUGUCUGAGUAACUUCUUGAUUUUGAGACUCCGGAAGAACAACUUGGAAGGAAGUAUUCCAGACAAGUGUGAUGCCGACGCACCACUAACGACACUCGACGUUGGCUACAAUCGAUUAACUGGAAAGCUUCCAAGGUCCCUUCUUAAUUGCUCUGCUCUACAGUUUCUAAGUGUGGACCACAACAAAAUCGAAGAUACAUUUCCUUUCUCCCUUAAGGCUUUAUCGAAAUUGCAACUCCUUAUCCUCCGUUCAAACAAAUUCUACGGCUCUAUAUCUCCUCCUAAUAAUGGUCCUUUGGGGUUUCCUGAACUACGGAUACUUGAGAUAGCUGAUAAUAAAUUUACUGGAAGCUUGCCCUCAGAUUUUUUUGUGAAUUGGAAAGCAUCUUCACUCACGAUGAAUGAAGAUUUGGGUCUAUAUACAGAAUACUCAAAGGUUUCCUAUCGGACUUAUACAAUCUCUUAUCCACAACAUAUAGAUCUACAGUAUAAAGGUCUAUCUAUGGAGGAUGAGAUAGUCUUUGCUUCCUACGCCACAAUUGAUUUUUCUGGAAAUAGACUUGAAGAAGAAAUUCCGGAAUCUAUUGGUCUCUUAAAGGCACUAAUCGCACUCAACUUGUCGAACAACGCCUUCACUGGCCACAUUCCUCAAUCUUUGACCAAUCUUAUGAAGCUCGAGUCACUAGACCUAUCAAAUAACCAGCUCUCGGGGACUAUUCCUAAUGGACUAGGGGCUAUCUCAUUUUUGACGUACGUGAAUGUGUCUCACAACAAACUUAAUGGUGAAAUACCACAAGGAACACAAAUAACUGGGCAACCGAGAUCGUCAUUUGAAGGAAAUGCAGGGCUUUGCGGUUUCCCUCUUGAAGAAAGUUGCUUUGGGACUAAUGCGCCACCAACAUAUCAGCCUAAAGAAGAAGAAGAAGAAGACGACGAAGAAGAGGAACAAGUGUUGAACUGGGAAGGCGUGGCAAUAGGGUAUGGGUUUGGAGUGUUGCUUGGAUUGGCAAUAGCACAAAUCAUUGCUCUGUACAAACCAGAAUGGCUAAUUUGUUUGAUGAAAUGUGGACACCGUUAA